AUGGAGUCUCGUCCGCCCAUCUACUCAACAGCGACCAACCUCAAGCAGGGUUAUUCCCCACCAUGGGAGGACCUGAGUAUUAUAGGAAUUGCUGGUAGCUCUGGCUCUGGCAAGACUUCCGUUGCAAUGGAGAUCAUAAGAUCCCUUAAUCUCCCAUGGGUGGUUCUUUUAGUGAUGGACUCUUUUUAUAAGUCUUUGAGUCCGGAGGACCAUGCGAGAGCACAUCGGAACGAGUAUGACUUUGAUUGUCCCGAGUCACUUGAUUUUGAUGCACUGGUUCAGACUCUGAGAGAUCUAAAGCAGGGCAAGAGGGCAAAUAUACCGGUUUACUCAUUCAAGGAACAUCAACGUCAAAAGGAGACAACUCCGUUGUAUUCUCCUCAUGUGCUUAUCCUUGAAGGUAUUCUGGCGUUGCAUGAUCCUAGAAUCAACGAGCUUCUCGACGCCAAGAUCUUCGUCGAGGCUGAUAUGGACGUAUGUCUCGGUCGGAGAAUCCUACGCGACGUUAAAGAACGCGGAAGAGACAUUGAAGGCAUCAUCAAGCAAUGGUUUGCAUUUGUCAAGCCUUCUUACACAAAAUACGUUGAGCCGCAACGACAAAUAUCUGAUAUCAUUAUUCCAAGAGGGAUAGAGAACAAAACGGCUAUCGGAAUGGUGGUUGAGCAUAUCAGAAGACGACUCGAUGAGAAAUCCGAGAAGCACAGCUCUGAUCUAAAAAAGCUGCGAGCACUAGCGGCUGACGAGGAGCUUUCACCGAAUGUGUUUAUCGUAAAACCCACUCCCCAACUCGUGGGGAUGCAUACCAUUCUACAGGACCCGGCCACCGAACAAGUUGAUUUCGUAUUCUAUUUCGAUCGACUAGCGUCAUUACUGAUUGAAAGGGCUCUUGAUUGUAUGGACUAUGCCUCUGCCAUUGUCAAAACACCAAAAAACGAGAUAUAUCACGGUGUACAACCUGCCGGCACGGUCUCUGCAGUAGCCAUUUUGAGGGGUGGUUCAUGUUUAGAAACAGCCCUGAAACGUACCAUACCUGACUGCAUUACUGGAAGAGUUCUCAUUCAGAUGAACAAGCAAAUGUCAGCCCCCGAGCUUCAUUAUCUCAAGCUGCCUCCUAAGAUCGAGACGCACUCUACUGUGCUCCUCCUUGACCCUCAGAUGGCUACUGGUGGUGCCGCAUUGAUGGCAGUACGAGUGUUAAUUGAUCAUGGCGUUGAGGAGCACAGAAUAGUGUUUGUUACGUGUGCUGCAGGUAAAUGGGGUUUGCAACGACUCACAGCUGUAUACCCCGAGAUCAAGGUUGUGGUUGGACGAAUUGAAGAAGAAGAGGAGCCACGAUGGAUGGAGCAGAGGUACUUUGGGUGUUGA